AAUGUGUGUAUGUUAUGUGGGUAAAGCCAUUUGAAGAUUCUGCGCUUGCGUUUUACGCUAACUUAUCUCCGAACAUAAUUUUCUUAUAAAACGCUCUCUCUGGUGUUGGAGACAAAUCAGCCAUCACAUAGAAGACCGGUGGGACUUCCCUUGCGCCGCUGAUUUCAGGUGGUGAAGAUGUCAACGCCUGCGAGGAAGCGAUUGAUGAGGGAUUUCAAGCGGUUACAGCAGGAUCCUCCGGCAGGCAUCAGCGGUGCGCCAUAUGAUAACAACAUUAUGCUCUGGAAUGCCGUUAUAUUUGGCCCCGACGAUACACCUUGGGAUGGAGGAACGUUUAAAUUGACACUUCAGUUUACGGAGGAUUACCCAAAUAAACCACCGACAGUGCGAUUCAUAUCUAGGAUGUUCCAUCCAAACAUUUACGCAGACGGAAGUAUUUGCUUGGAUAUAUUGCAAAACCAGUGGAGUCCGAUAUACGAUGUAGCUGCUAUACUAACAUCCAUUCAGUCCCUGCUUUGCGAUCCGAACCCAAAUUCACCGGCAAACUCGGAGGCUGCCAGGAUGUUUAGCGAGAACAAACGCGAAUACAACAGGAAGGUGCGCGAAAUCGUGGAACAGAGCUGGACAGCAGACUAAAGUGUCUCCAAAUGACUGGAAAUCUCGCGCCUGGUCUCGACGGUUUACGUAACAUUUCUCUUAAAUGCUUUGCUUUCACAAUUUCUGCGUUAGCAGUCUCACUCAGGACAACAUGGCUGUGUCGAAAAACAUAAAUUUUAUUUUCGUUGCUCGUCGUGUACAUAAUCUCAUCUUGACAUCUUCUUGUAGUAGGUUGCUGCUUCCCUUUCAAUUUCUCAAUUAUGAAUUUACUUACACCUCUCUAGGAUUCUCUAACACACUGAAAUUUGUAUCUUCUGCUGAUAAUUGUCAUCAAUAUAAUAUAAUGAUAUGGAUUAUUGUUUGUCUCA